AAAUAACUUUGUUUCCGAUGCGUGUGUAUGUUUUUCAUUUAUAUUUUCCCUAGGUUUGCAGUUAGAAACUGAAAACGUAGCAGUGUGGAGUAAAGUGUCAUAGUAACAAGACGUUGGAGACAAUAUAGGUCGGAGCAGUUCGUGAAUGGUCACUCCGUGCUGGUUUUAACAACACUCAAAAUAGAACGUGGAAGAUUGAAAUGUUUAUUCUGGUGAACAUCUGUAGGCGUGUUCAGUAUGUCUGCUAAUGAUCACGGCAAAUGCUUCAAAUGUGAGGUAUGCUCGAGAUGCUGUUCAUUCUACUCCCAACUAAAAGUUCAUAUGCUAACCCAUACCGGCGAAAAACCUUUCCAAUGUGGAAUGUGUCUGAAGAGUUUCCCAACGAAAUCCGGCAUCGUGCGCCACAUGCCCACACACACUGGAAAAAAACCUUUCAAAUGUGACGUGUGCUCCAAAUGCUUCUUAGAACGAGCCUCCCUCAAGCAGCAUAGGUUGAUUCACACUGGCGACAAGGCUUUCAAGUGUGCAGUGUGCACGAAAAGCUUCCUGCACAGAGGCCAGCUGAGGCAGCAUGCGUUGACCCACUCUGGGCUGAAGCUUUACAAAUGCGAGAUGUGCACCAAAAGCUUCACACAGAUGUUCAGUCUGAAGCAGCAUAUGUUGGACCAUACAGGAGAGAAAGCCUUUAAGUGCGGAGUGUGCGACAGAAGAUUCAAGCAGAGUUGCACCUUAAAGCAGCAUAUGCUUGUGCACACCGGAGAGAAACCGUUCAGAUGCGAGGUGUGCCAGAAGGUGUGCUCGCAGAAUAGCAACUUAAAGCAGCACAUGCUGGUACAUAGCGGCGAGGCGCGGUUCAGAUGUAACUUCUGUCCGGCCUAUUUCUCGUACAGUGCCAGUUUGACGCGGCACUUGGCAGAGCAUAAUACUGACGGGCUGUUUUUCAAUAUAUUAGGUUGUGAAAAACAAAGUGACGACUUGUAGCAGUAUCGUCUAUAAGCUCUUUAUCACUGGUGGUGGUCGGGGGACCUUUCAAGUGCAAGUUUUUCAAAUAACAAUCAAAAGAAUGAAAAACAAAGUGACGACUUGUAGUGGUAUAAUCUAUAGGCUGUUUCUUUGAAACAUGUUUUAUUGUAUAUAAUACACAAACGGAUUGGGCACAAGUUAUUCAACUUACGAGGCCCUCUCCUAAUUACAAAUAUUAU